CUGGCUGAGGUUUCAGUACACAACAGGCAGCUUGGAGUUAAGCACGUUCAAAACUUUGCAAAUAGUUACACACGGAGAAGCUUUAUUGAAAUUUAUUGUUAUUCAUUAAAAUAUAGUUUUCGAAAAGACAACAACAAAAACAUGUUCGAGAUACGUUCUGCGAAAUUUUGCGCCUUUGUUUUGCUUAUGUUUUGCAGCGUAGCAGUGCUGAGUGCUGCGCAACCGGGCUAUAUUCCCCCUAAAUCAUGUCCACCCCAUGAGACCUACAAACCCUGCGGUCCGUCCUGUCAAACUGAAUGUGCGACACUAAACGAACCGUGUUUAAUUAAUUACAUACGUUGCCCAGACGGUUGUUAUUGCGACAAGGGAUAUGCGCGCGAUGCUAACGGUGCCUGUAUACCACAAGAACAAUGUCCACCCAAACAAAAAGGAGCUUAAAUGUAAACUUACAAAACGAAUUUAAUUAAAUAAACCAAUAA